CGUCAGCUGAUCAGAAAACAGUGAUAGUGCAGCGAGUGGCAGAGGGUGACAGCUUCAGCUUCACAAAUCACAAAUAGAAGUGAUUUCAUAAUCCAGACGACACACAAACAGAUCAAACAUGUGCAAUUUCAGGAAGUUUUGUCAUGCCAGAUCCGCCUGAUCUCUCUUCUACAGUGAACGACACAAAUGACUGAGUGUGUAAGUGGGAAUAACACAAAGCUGAAGAGUCAUGCUGGCCACCCAAACAACUGACAACAACCCAGAGACCAAAGAUAUUAAACAGUGGAUCAAGGAAAAGAUUGCACAGACGCUAAAGAUCCUGCAGAAGCGUUACAUUACCACAGAGACGGUGGUCACCAGUGAGGACCUGGAGGCAAACCUUCUGUGUUGUGCUUUAGAAGCUGUCUUUAUUCACGGCAUUAAGAGCAAGUUCAUUCGAUUGGAUGGAGGAGGUCAUGGGCGUAAGGCAGGGUCACGGGGUGCUCUUCCUCAGCCUGUUUUCUGGAGCCUGCUCAAGACUGUUACCCACAGAGAUGUUGUUCAGGAACUUGAACGUCUAAGCUUUAUAAACACAGACAUUGGCCGCUGUAGAGCAUGGGUUCGACUAGCGUUGAAUGAUGGCCUUCUGGAAUGUUACCUGACCUCACUGCUCCGUGAGGGGUCCAACCUGGGAUCCCACUACCAGCCCGGAGCUCUCCUUCUGGACCCAGAGGACCGUGAGGUUCUCCUCACUCUGCUGCAGGGGUUGUCCUCACUGACCUUUCAGCUUUCCUAUAAAUCAGCUGUGCUAAAUGAGUGGACAAACACGCCAUUGGUCCUCGCAGGUCUUUGCCCCCCUACACCCGCUGACGAGCACCAACUGUGCACCAAGCGCAAGGAGUCUUGGGACACUGUCUCCCAGUCAUCUGGAGGGUCUGGAGGCUCAGAUUGGGCUCAGGAAGUGCUCCACAAUGAGCCAAGAAAAGAGCAAAAUGAAGGCUGUUAUGCUAGUACCCCCCCAAUGUCAUGGAACCAGAGCCUGGAUACAUCAGGAUCAUCACAGCUGUCCACAAGCUUUAGCUCUGAUAGUCUCUUGCAGGGUCAGGAUCCCAAAAGUCCUGAGAAGGAACGGUGGAUUAUUGAUGCUGAUAUCAACCGUAAUGCAGAAAGAAAGAAUUCACUGACAAAAGAGAACAGCUCCUCUAGUCAGCACAUGAUACAAGAGGGGUUUGAUGAGUUCUUACCUGCUCCACAUGAUCUGAGCAUAACUGCCACACAUGGCACCACAGAUACCAACAUGCACACUUCUGAUUCAGAGGACACACACCAAACCCUUGCAUGUUUUACAGAGGCUUCUGAACUGUCAGAAGAGAAAUCAGAACAGAGGUUACAGGCUACAGUCAAAGAAAUAUCAACAGUUUCUGAGACUCUAGUUAAAACCACAAGACUUAAAAUUAGAAAUACAGUCAAUGAGACUUCAGAAAGGGGGAUAAAGAGCAAGAACACAAAUUCCUUUAUGCCCUCUGGAGUUUGCAAUCUUAAUAAGACUGCUGAGAAGACCUCUUACCUUAAUUGUACAACUUCAGAGACAUCUGACCUUAAAGAGCUUCAUUCUUCAACUUCAGAGAAUUCUGCCCUUAAAGAGCUUCAUCCUUCAACUUCAGAGACCUCUGACCUUAAAGAGCUUCAUCCUUCAACUUCAGAGACCUCUGACCUUAAAGAGAUUCAUCCUUCAACUUCAGAGACCUCUGACCUUAAAGAGCUUCAUCCUUCAACUUCGGAGACCUCUAACCUUGAAGAGGUUCAUCCCCCUACUUCAGAGACUUCUGACCUUAAAGAGGUUCAUGCUCCUACUUCAGAGACCUCUGACCUCAGAGAGGUUUGUGCUCUUUCUUCAGAGACCUCUUCUGGACAUUGUCCAAAUGAACAUGCCAGAAACGCAAUGCUCAAACACUCCACAAGUGUUGUGAGCAGGAGAACGUCCACAGACUCGUUGUAUUCCUCCUGUAAAGACACAUCUUGGAUUUCAGAGGAUGACAUCAUCAAACCUGAAAAAAAUGAAAAUUCUGAAGAAAAUACCAGUGUUAACACCAUGCAAAUAAAUGCGCAGAUGCUGGCCACGCCUAUACCGGACAGCCUCCAGUUACCACCUAGUGUGGUUCAUCGGAGACCAAAUGGUCUGUCUAACCCGUUCAGGGGUCUUCUGAAGAUGGGUCAGCUUGAGAGACGCAGAGCUGUGGGCAUGUGGUGGGAUUAUUACUGUGAGCUCUCCCCAUUUGAAUUACGACUUUAUGUGAAUGCAGAGGAGCGCAUCUGCUACGAAAACAUGUCCCUGCUGCGCUGUGAGGACGUCCAUCUCUCCUCUGGUUCUGAGGGAUGUUUCCGGCUCUCCUUCCAUGGCAAGAGACUUUACCUGCGCGCACCGUCUCGAGGGGAGGCCGAAGACUGGGUAGAUCGCAUUGUGGAGGCCAUAACCAAACUACGACCCUUAGUGAAAGACGAGGUGUGGGAGGUGCUACAGCCAUCGUCUUCAGACUCCCCAUCAUCUCCAUCUCCUUCAAGCCUGGAACACGCCGUCCCAGAACUUCCAGAUUUUCUUCAUUUAGACUGGAGUCGUCACACAGACCCAGAACCGGAUGCCAUAAAGGAAGCUGUGGUCUAUCAGAGCAUGGAGAAGAAAGGUUGGAGGUCUCUGGUGCUCUCGCUGUCCCUGGAGGCCCUCAGGGCUUACAGGGUUCAAGAAAACAUCAAAAUGCCAAUCUUCUCACACUCCAUAGGGACCAUCAGAGAUGUAGUUCCAGAUGUUUCUCUAGGUAGCCCUGCAUUUUUUAAGGUCCUGACUGCACGAGAGACUCUGAUUAUGAGGGCAGAGAGUGGCGAGGAAGCUCGAGGAUGGCGGAGCCUGAUCAGAGGAGCUCUGGAUUCGUAUCUGGAGACUGAGGAUGACGAAGGUCUUGAGGAUGUCUCGUCGCCCAGUGGUGGGCAUGGGGGCAGUGUUCACAGGCUGGUCCAACACAGACUAAAAGGUGAUGGCGCGCUGCUAUCUUACCUGUCUGUCGUCCCCAAAGAGAGAGGAUUAGAUGCUCAAAAUUUUAAAUGUGCAGGUUGCUCACGACAGAUGAGUGUAUCUCACGGCAGACCUCGACUCUGUGAGUUCUCGGCUCAGUACUACUGUGAGUCCUGUCACCAUGGAGACAUGAGCAUCAUCCCAUCACGCAUGCUGCACAACUGGGACCUUACAACACGUGAGGUAUCAAGAGAAGCUCUGCGCUUCAUGGCUCAAAUCGAAGCCGAGCCGCUCCUCAACAUCAACGCUUUAAAUCCUAAACUGUUUGAUCACAGUGAUGUCAUGUCAAGAGUGCACAAACUCAGACAACAACUGCGUUUCAUUGGUGACUACAUUCUCAUCUGUCGCAGUGAAGUCAACAAACAAAUACAGCCCAGGCUUCAGCAGAGGUUUUAUUUACUGGAGAGCAGUGAUGUGUUCAGUGUACUGGACCUGCAGCAGAUAGCAGAUGGACAUUAUGAGUCUUACCUUCAGUCUCUGGUUCAGCUCGGCUCAAAGCAUGUACUUCACUGUCAUGUCUGCACUCAGAGAGGUUUUAUCUGUCAGAUCUGUAAUGCAGAUGAUAUCAUCUUCCCCUUUCAGUAUGACAGCACGUGCAGGUGUGGCAUGUGUAAGACGGUCUUCCACUCGUCCUGUAAGGCUCAGUGUCCAGUUUGUCCACGCUGUGUGAGAAUACAGAAAUACAUGGAGAGGGAUUUGGAGGAUUGACUUUCAUAAGGGUCCUGUUUGCAAAAUUCUCUUUCUUCAUUAGCAUUGUUGUCUUGUUUUAUACAUGUAUAGAUAUUUUUACUUUGCUAAAGCUAAAUUGUGUAAGAUAAAAGCCUUGAUAUUAUUUACAGAAGUUUGUUUUUCUUUUUUGUUUUUGGUGUACAGAAGGUUUUAAUGGAUUAAAAAUAAACUAAUUCAAUUGAUGACAUCUGAAAACAAGCCUUAAUAUCUUAUGCAAUUUUGAUACUAAAGUUUUUACUGUAAAACAAGUGUGUAGAAUGAAAGUUUAAUGUUGUUGUUGUUGUUGUUGUGUAAUGUUCAGUGUUUAUUAACUCUAGCUGUACCACGGUAAAUUACAUUACUAAAGUCAUUUCUCUUUUAUUGGACUUUAUUGGAAGAAACCUUAAGUGCCCUUGUUUGCAUAAAUGAUGAAAGUGUGUAUUGCACAUACAGAUUUGUGUGUUGAUGUCACAGCAAGUGUUGAGUCAGGUCAAGUUAGGAUAGGUUAUAUUUAUAAUAAUCAUUGGACAGUUGAAUGCUGAGGAUUUUUUUUAACUCAUUUGUAAUAUUAUUUUUCUUAUGAAUGUCAUGCGCCAAGUUUUUUUUAUGAAGUAUUACAAGUUUACAAAGCGAAUGAAUCGUAUCCAGUAAAGUAAUAUUAUCAUUAUUAAACUUAUGCAAUCUGAAGACACUUACGAUAUACUUAAAUCAUUAUGUAAUCCUGUUUCUGUAAACUGUGCCUUUAUUUUUAUUCUGCAGUUUCAUUGUAAACUGUUAUCACUAACAUGAAUCAUGCCAAAUAUAUCUUAUGAAGAUAC